AUGUCUUUUGCCGGUUUCCUUGAUAUAGCCCGGAAAGAUGUUGAUAUCCCAUCCAGCGCUCCCAAAAUAGGAGUUUUUAAUCCGAUAUUGUUUGUUCAUGCGGAGUUCAUCACGAACUUUGAAAAGAAAAAGGACUCUUAUGAGUACAUUAUGGCAGAACCUCUACGCUUGAGCGGGAUCUACUGGUGUGUGAGCGCUUUGUGCAUUCAGAACAAGUAUUUAUCAGUUUAUCUUGGUUCAGAUGAAGUAGACACGCGGUUCUCCUUCUGUGCGGUCGCUACAUUGUUCCUCAUUGAUAGAAUGCAUGUAAUUGACCUCGAUAAGGCUGUACGGUACGUCUUGAGUUGCUACAAUUUCGACGGUGGUUUUGGCACACGGCCCGGAUCGGAGAGUCAUGCUGGACAGGUUUAUUGUUGCCUUGGUACGUUGUGUAUUGCUCGACGACUUGAAUCAAUUGAUAGAGAUAGAACUGCUGAAUGGCUCGCUCAACGACAAUGUGGCAGUGGUGGACUGAAUGGACGUCCUGAAAAGCUACCGGAUGUCUGCUAUUCAUGGUGGGUGCUUGCCUCGCUGGCUAUGCUCGGUCGACUAGACUGGGUUGAUAAGAAUGCUCUGGUCAAAUUCAUUUACUCCUGCCAAGAUGAAGAGACAGGCGGUUUUGCAGAUCGACCGGGCGAUUGUCCGGAUCCAUUCCACACGGUAUUUGGUCUCGCAGGUCUGUGCCACUAUUGCGAACACCGUCUGCGUCAGUGGAUGCGGUAUUCUGCAUGCCCAAAUACACACUAA